CAAAAUUUCACGAACCACGCCGACGCGUUAGAGUCUGCGGCGCAUUCGAGACGACAACGACAUCCCCAGAACGACCAGAGAUCCUCGUCCAGGACGCAUGCAGCGCGGUGGAAAGGCACGGACGUUUUGACUUGAUGGUGGAAGGACGCGGAACAUGCUCUAUCAACGCUAAAGAUAGCGUCCAAGAUCACGGCGAGCAAUAUGGCGGCUGGUCAUCCAUCGAGUUGACGCUCUCGAUGGCGGGUUCCCAGUGGGGGGCAUUUGGCAUCCAAAGCGUCCACACGAGGAGCUCCACAGCGGCGUUGACGUCCCUCCAUGUCGCUUGUUAUGUUCGUCCAGACGAAGCUGUCACGUCAAGUAUCUACCCAUGCAUGGCACGGCGCGCGAGCGGAGUUUGCGUCGACGAUAGCGCCAGGUACUGACCACCUUCGAGUUCCCACGGCAGCGACUCGGUCAACGUCUUGGAUCUUCGUCUUGUUCGCCGCGUGUCUUUUGCUCGUGGGUGUAAUGGUUGCGUGGAAUCAUACAAACGCACGACGGCGCCUGACGUGCCGUCGGCGGACGCGCCAUGUCCGGACGAGAAUCCCCGUGGCCAAAUUGGUGGGAUACAGCAUCUUGCCGCCAGACAGCAGCGACAACCUACCGGCCCACGAAGACUACGUCUUGAUUGAGGUGUAACAAGCUGCUUCAGCACAUUGACACACACACACUUUGUUAUAUUCCAUUAAUAGAUCCACCCACUCGAUCGCGUCCCGUGAAA